UAGAACAAGCUGAAACCAAACAAAAGAAAAAAUAUAACCUAAAUAUAAUUAAAGGGAAAAAUGGUUGUGACGUUAGCAUCACCACAAAUCGCCAAGGAUUAUGGAGUAAGAAAAGAAAAGCUGAUGUAAAAGAGCAAAAAGAAAUUAUUGAAAAGCGAAGACGAAAAAAAAGAAAAUCUGCAAUUGGUAGGUCUUCUUUGAUAAAUACAUAUAGUUUUAAAAGAAAUUGUGUGUGCAGAUAAAGAAAUGAAAAGAGCACGAAUGCCGGUGGACCAUCAAGUUUCUUUAAACUUACUGCUACCGGUACUACUUUUAAUGCUGAGGAGAUUAAAAAUUGUAAAUAUAUUGAAAAACUUUUUUUUUAAAUUUUCUUAGAAAAAUACAAAGAGGAAAAUGCUCAGGACAAUACAGAAGUUAAUGUAGAGGCUUUGAAAAGGAUCACUGAACUAGGCAAAGUUGUUGACAAAGUAGCUGAGAAGGUAAAUAAUUCAUUUAUAAAAUCUGUUAAAGAAUUUAAUUAUUUUUUAAAGAAUGUAUAAAUUCAAUUUAUUUUGCAUAUUUAAACAUUUUGUUCUGUUUAUUUCCAAUUAAUGAUAAUAAAACUAAGUAAAGAAACUGAAUAUAUUUUCCACAUUAGGUAGUUAGUGAUCCUUUAAAUUUCAAAGGUAACACAUUUUUUUUUAAAAAUUCAUUUGCAGAUACUCUACAAACAACCCUGUCAACUUUCAAGGGAUUUGAAAGAAGUUGUUAAGGAAACAGAGAGUUCAGUUUUCACUGAAGAAGAUUUCAAAAAGUUUGAAAGAGAAUAUCGACCUAAAUGAUGAAUUUUCUUUAUUUAUAGUGGUAUCAUCUUGCAAUUAUUUUUAUAUUAAUGUUUAUGCCUUUAAAAAAUAAAUGAAAAAUACAAUAUAAGAUGAAUUUAUAACGCGUUAUAUACAUUAUUUGAUUCUUUAUAAGCAGCUCUAAUUUUACCUUUAAACCUAACAUGUUACUAAUGCAUCAGACUAUUAUAAAAUUUAACUAGCUUGACUUUGUUUUUAGCAAUAUUUAAAUUGCUUAAAAGUAAUUUUCUGUAAUAUUUUAAGUACCAGUAUUACACAUAAAUUGUGUGGUUACUGUCAUAGGUGACAACAUAGUUAUAGUAGCUCCAUUCCCCGGCUCAGCCACAUAACUAUAACAAGUAAUAAAAUUCGUUUUCACUAUCCUCA